UCCACUAGGUCUUAGAAGUUACAAGCUAUUAUAAUCCCUGUGCUUUCCUAGAUAAAUGUUCACAAAUAUCAACUUUGUCGCAGUUAUUGUAAUAAUCAAUAAGGUUUUUUGCAAGAAGUUAAAAAUGAUUUUUUGCCAACGGAGGUAAAUAAUGUGUUCUAUGACAAUCUGUCAGGACCUGGCAGCUGCUGCUUCUUCCGCCCUGGUCUGGCCUCAGCCUAGAGGAUCUGUUGCCGUCAUGUCUGCUGCGAUUGCAGCUCUAGCUGCUUCCUAUGGUUCGGGUUCGGGGUCCGAAUCGGAUUCGGACAGCGAGGGCAGUCGGUGUCCGCUGCCAGCCGCCGACUCCCUCAUGCACUUGACCAAAUCGCCUUCGGCCAAACCCUCACUGACAGUAGCGGUGGACUCGGCUCCGGAGGUAGCAGUUAAGGAAGACUUGGAGACUGGAGUUCACCUUGACCCUGCUGUCAAAGAAGUUCAGUAUAAUCCUACCUAUGAGACCAUGUUUGCUCCUGAGUUUGGACCAGAAAAUCCCUUUCGAACACAGCAAAUGGCUGCUCCUAGAAACAUGCUUUCUGGAUAUGCUGAACCAGCUCAUAUCAACGAUUUCAUGUUUGAACAGCAAAGAAGAACUUUUGCCACAUAUGGUUAUGCAUUGGACCCUUCAUUAGAUAGUCAUCAAGUAUCUACUAAAUAUAUUGGUUCUGUAGAAGAAGCUGAAAAAAAUCAAGGUUUAACUGUAUUUGAAAGUGGUCAGAAGAAAACAGAAAAGAGGAAAAAGUUCAAAGAAAAUGAUGCAUCUAAUAUUGAUGGUUUCUUGGGACCCUGGGCAAAAUAUGUGGAUGAAAAAGAUGUGGCCAAACCUUCAGAAGAGGAACAAAAAGAAUUGGAUGAAAUCACAGCGAAGAGACAGAAAAAAGGCAAACAGGAGGAGGAGAAACCUGGGGAGGAGAAGACAAUCUUGCACGUUAAGGAAAUGUAUGACUACCAAGGCAGGUCCUACCUUCAUAUUCCUCAGGAUGUUGGUGUUAAUCUACGGUCAUCUGUGCCACCUGAGAAAUGUUACCUUCCAAAAAAACAAAUUCAUGUGUGGUCUGGACACACUAAGGGUGUCAGUGCAGUCAGAUUGUUUCCUCUCUCUGGCCAUUUGUUGCUGUCUUGCUCCAUGGACUGUAAAAUUAAGCUAUGGGAAGUUUAUGGAGACCGGCGCUGUCUGCGAACAUUUAUUGGUCACAGUAAAGCUGUGAGAGACAUCUGCUUCAAUACUGCAGGAACACAGUUCCUCAGUGCAGCUUAUGACAGAUAUCUUAAACUCUGGGACACCGAGACAGGACAGUGUAUAUCAAGAUUUACAAACCGAAAAGUGCCCUAUUGUGUCAAAUUUAAUCCUGAUGAAGAUAAGCAAAGUCUCUUUGUGGCUGGGAUGUCUGAUAAAAAGAUCGUGCAAUGGGACAUUCGCAGUGGGGAGAUUGUACAGGAAUACGAUCGGCAUUUGGGAGCUGUCAACACCAUUGUUUUUGUUGAUGAGAAUCGAAGAUUUGUGAGUACGUCUGAUGAUAAGAGCCUAAGAGUUUGGGAAUGGGAUAUCCCUGUGGAUUUCAAGUAUAUAGCAGAGCCCAGUAUGCACUCAAUGCCUGCAGUGACUUUGUCUCCAAAUGGCAAGUGGCUAGCAUGCCAGUCAAUGGACAACCAGAUCUUAAUUUUUGGAGCACAGAACAGAUUCAGAUUAAAUAAGAAGAAAAUUUUUAAGGGACAUAUGGUAGCAGGCUACGCUUGUCAGGUGGACUUUUCGCCAGACAUGAGCUAUGUGAUUUCAGGAGAUGGAAAUGGAAAAUUAAACAUUUGGGACUGGAAGACCACAAAACUAUACAGUCGGUUUAAAGCUCAUGAUAAAGUGUGCAUAGGUGCAGUGUGGCAUCCACAUGAGACAUCCAAGGUCAUCACAUGUGGUUGGGAUGGCCUCAUUAAACUGUGGGAUUAAUGGGAUUAGUCCUUUAACUAUCUGGGAUCAUUUUUGAUCCAAGUCAUAUUUAACUAUUUAAAUAUUAAAUGUGUUGGAUGGCAAUUUGAUUUGUAGGUGAUCUUUUCCUUAUAUGGCCUUAUGACAUUAUUCCAUUGUUUAAGAGCUUUGUAAAUUUGCCUCAUAUAAGUUCAUUGGUGACUUCAUAUAGUUCUUUAUUAAGUGUUAUUUAUACAAAAAUGACAACCGUUCUUCUGUUUGACAGUAGUAUUAUUGCCCAGCAGUUUGGGUUUAUCUCCAUGAUGUCACUGAAAGGAUCUUUUUGGGGUUAAGAAAAACAAUACCUAAUGGAUAUGUGAUCAUAGAGAAAAUGAUGUAACUAGUGAGUUAGAAAGGUACUGUACACUUAACAAUUCAGCCAAAAGGCAGGCAGGAUAACAUUUAAUAGAUGUUGAAAGAAAGAUAAGACCACCCAUUACUGUUCCCAUAAUUCCCACUGAAUCAAGGUCUAGUCUUUUGGCUUCAUGAGUUCCAUUAUUCUUUAUGGCAUAUGUUGUGUAUUUUUGUCUUUAAAUUAGGAGACUUUGUUGACAGCAGCAUUCCUCUAAUUAUUACACCACAUAAAUUAAAAAUCAGUCCAGAGUUCUUUCUUUGACUUGCUUCCUGAUCAAUAUAGACAAGACUAUAUAUAUGUAAGCAGAAAAUUAGAUUGUUGCUGAACUCAAGUGAGAAACUGGCUGUCCUCUCAGAAAUCAGGGUCUCGAGGACAUUGCUUCACCAUUGUCGCUAAUGAAUUCCUUGUUGUAGAGGCCAAGCAUAGUCCAGAAUAUGACCUUAUAAUUUCUCUGAAGUCACAUGUUUUGUCUUUAAGAUUACUCCAAUUUUGCUUGUGAAUACAUGCAAUAGAACUUUUAAAUAUUAAGGGAAAAAAAACACUUCUUUUCAGACCUUUGAAAAAGCAUUGUCAUUAUAGGAAAAUGUCUAGAGUCCCCCAUUUAAGAAGCAAUGACCUUUUUUUUUUUUUAAGAAAAAAAAAUCACAUGUUGAACUUUACACUGCCUAGCUGUGGGAGGGUGCCUUAGUGUACAGGAGGAAAGAAUUCAGACAAAACCUUUCUGUAAUCCCAACCACUAGAUCUAACAAAUGGUAAUUACUGCAGUGCAGUGAGACGAAAGAGUGAUGCAUUCAAACUGUUAAAGCACCGUUACUGUAUAUGUUACAAAUCAUUGCUGAAUCUCAAUUUAUUUUAUUGUGGUUUUGACUGUUUCUAAACCAAGUACCUGUAUAUAAAAGUUUUCUCUUUUUGAAAAGAUCCUAUUUUUGAAUAAAGCAUUCUUUUG